ACUUCCUGUUCAGAGUUAACGACAAUCCAUCAGAGCGGUGCAUCGGUACAAAUGCAGCUUGUCCUCACUUCCGCUUUUGCUCUACCCACGCCUUCGCAACAAUAAUGCUUGAAAUCCAGGACCUGUUGACGACCGAUAUCGAUGUCUCCACGUUUCGGAGUAGCACCUCCCAGGACGCCACCUCUGGUCAGAGUGACAGACCAUCGGACAGUAUCAAUCAGAGGGAAAUUGGUCGUGACGAGGAACAAGGAUACACGCGUGAAGUUUCUGGUCGCGGUCCAGGCGAAGACAAGUGUCAGCAGCAGGGAGACAAGCAGAUUCUAGCUGCCAGCCAACAGAUCUCACGAACAAUCCCUGAAAAGGUAGCAAAAUCUACAUCUGCAACCUCUGACGCUCCGUCAAAAGUCUUUCGUUCUGGACAGCACGUGCACGUCCUGAACGACGAUGAGCUCGCUGACCUGUGCCGCAGAAUGGAAGCUCAAACAGCAACGCUGGGUCGUGCUAUCCACCAAAAGGAAAAAGUCCGCCAGCAGAAGACGCUAAUCCAGCAACUCGAAGCGAAAUUAUCACGCCUACAAGGAGUCGAAGCCGAGAUCAAGCAGUACGAGCGGCGCUCAGUGGAAUCGCUGCGAGACGAGCUGGCACUGCACCAAUAUGAGAUCGCUGAUCUCUCGCGAAAGCUGGAGAAUGCUGCUAAGAAGGAGGUCGAUUGGAUCAACACGAUGGAUGAAAGUUUGCGCAAGUAAAGACGCGUUGUCUUACCCCGUUGUCUCGUCUCGUUUCUAGUUGAAAAUACGAGUUACUGCGCAGUAAUCUGAAAUUUAACAAACAAAACUACGAGCUGGCAGAAUCUUGUCGCUGAAUGCGGCGAUUCCAGCAGCCAUUUGAACGCG